UUUGAAGCUGGAAGGCAGAUCGACAAGGCUGUAUGUAAACCAAGUCCAAGACUCACCAUGGAAAUGAAACGCUUCAUUAUCCUUAUGGCAAACGUGGCAGUAACAUCGACUUUCUCCCUCAAAACACUGGAAGUAGAGAUAGUGGAUGUUGGCGAACACUCUAAGAUUCCAGAUGAUGUAUUUUAUAACGACAUUAAGCGGAGAAACACUCGCAGUACAGUUACUGAUGAGACGAUACUGUGGACAUCCCCAGUCUCCUAUGUGUUGGACCAAAGUCUUGACCUGAAUGCAAAAGGAGUCAUCGUGAGAGCACUGGACCAGUUCAGAGUGAAGUCAUGCAUUGAUUUCAAAGUACACGACUCAGAGACCUAUUAUCUUAAAAUCCAGAAGCUGACUGGAUGUUGGUCUUAUAUUGGUCGGCAGUUCCUUAAUGGACAGGACCUCUCGAUUGGAGCAGGCUGUGAUUGGAUUUCCAUUGCUGAACAUGAGAUUCUUCAUGCUCUGGGCUUCUACCAUGAACAGUCUCGAUAUGACAGAGACGAUUACGUGCAGAUCAUAUGGAGCAACAUUUUAUCAGGUCAACAACAUAAUUUUGAUAAAGUAAGCAGUUCGGUCAGCACCGCCCAUGGAACACCAUAUGACUACUGGUCAGUGAUGCACUAUGGCAAAGAUGCAUUCACCAAUGGCAAUGGAUCAACAGUCAUUACCAUAGAUCCAAAAUACCAAGAUGUGAUUGGCCAAAACCUGGAAAUGAGUUCCCUGGAUGUUAAAGAGUUGAACUUGCUCUACCACUGCAACUCAACCGUUGCAUUCAUGUUGUAUUGUGGCUUUUCUAAUGGGACCACGUGCCAGAUGAACCAGUGCUCACAGGGUGGAAAUCCCUGGAAAGUUGUUACCCAGGUUACGGCAGGUCCAAGCUCAGAUCACACCACUUUACCUACUGGAAGUGGAAAUCAAAAUCAGGAGACGGGAUACUUCAUGCACGCUAGCACAGCAUCAGGUCAACAAGGAGAUUCAGCUCGGUUGGAGACCAAGGUUAUGAGUCCUAAAAGGGGAUGUAAUGUCCAGUGCCUGCAGUUCUACUACUUUAACAGUGGGAAUGAGUCUGAUGCCCUCAACAUCUGGAUCAGAGAGUUUCAAAAUGACAAGGAUUCAACAGGAAUCCUCCGCCUGGUGGGUCAGGUUCAAGGACCACAGACAUCUUACUGGAAGCUCCAUGUUGUUUCUCUGAAUGCCACCACGAAAUUUCAGGUGGUGUUUGAGGUUCGGAAAGGUGCAGGAAGCUCCAAAGGUGGCUUUUCAAUUGACGACAUUAAUCUCUCCGAGACUGAGUGUCCACAUGUAAUCCUGCAGAUUGACAAUCUGGUGAAUCGUUUAAACACUGAUGCAUCUGGAACCAGAAUUUACAGCCCACGGCAGUAUUCCAAAAAUGGCUAUGCUUAUAGGGUAGCUGCUAUACUUUACAAAACGUUUGUUGGAAUGUAUGUUCAACUCUUAUCUGGUGUAAAUGACAACCAGCUGCAGUGGCCCUGCCUAAAACGGCAAAUGAAUUUCCAGUUACUGGAUCAAACGCCCAACAAGCAGGAACAGAUGACUAAGCAAUCAAAUUUUGUCAGUGAUGAAACUCAACUCUACGGUGGUACAAAUGUGUGGAGUAAUCCACGUGAGACUGGAGUAGGAGUGUUUUAUGACAAUGGGGAGUUAGUCUACGGUAAACCUCUGUGGGGAUACUCAUAUUUUGCACAAAUCAAUGAUUUGCAAACUAGAGAGGUCCUCAAGGGAGGGAGCGCCAUUUUCAUGUUCAACUUUGAGGAUCUCACUCCACUUAUUAAUGGAAGUACUCUACUGUGCCCUCAAGUGAGACCAGUGGAUGUAAAAAAUCCUCCAUCGGUUCCCAGUGAAGGCCCCUGCUUGCCACAGUCUGCCUCGACUACCGCUCCUCGUCUUACAACACUAGACAACAGGAUUUCAUCAACCAUCUCGUCUAGCUCUACUAUCAUCUCGUCAACAAAAUCCACCACAGCAACGACCACCACAACACCCACAACAAAAUCCACCACAGCAACGACCACCACAACACCCACAACAAAAUCCACCACAACAACCACCACAACACCCACAACAAAAUCCACC